GUUCUUGAGAAGUCACCACUGUUCAAUUUCAUGGAUCAAAUGUAAUGGGUCCAUGACUCCAUGGCCUGUUCAUAUAAUUAACGAAUGGUGUGGGCGUGAAAGAUAAAUUUGACUGACAGUCUGUGUAUUGACUGUUGUUUACGGUUUACAGGCAGAUAUAAUAAUCAUAACAUUUGAAAAAGAGAAGCAAUUCAAUGAUUUGUUGGAGUAUAAAUAAGGCUACACAAGGAUCCCAGAGGCCUCUGUCCAUCUCUCUCAACCCCAAGAGAGUUUAAUAAGAGGAGUUGGGUUGGAUUGGGUUGGGUUUCUAUUUCCAGCUUCUGUAUCUUUCCAUUAAUUUUUGGUUAUUUCCUUACAGACCAAACCCAGAUCCGCAUAUAGCUCUGCCGUCUCCCUAUUUCUUCUUCUGAGAAGAUGAGUCGGCAUAGACGAUAGAUGACUUUGUUUCUUCUCUAUUUAAAGUACCGCAUAUGAUGGGCGAUAGAAUCCCAUCUGGAAGUUACUUCCAAUACUCUCCUUCUGGAGUACAUGCUUCUCCUCACAGGCCUUCUUCUGCUUAUUUAGAUCGAGAGAGCAAUGGAAGAUAUUUGGGUGAAUUGUUGGCAGAGAGGCAGAAACUAGGGCCAUUUAUGCAAGUUUUGCCACUUUGCAGCCGGCUUCUUAAUCAAGAGAUCAUACGAGCAUCUGCUUCAGUACAAAAUCAAGGUUUUCCGGAUCAUGAAAGAAUUGAGCAUGAGAGCCCACUGAGGUCAACUGUUCAACAACCAAAUGGUGGACCCAUGGAUUUGGAGGAAUGGUCUGUGAUGCAAACAGAGGAGAAUGGAAUUCUUCAAAGAAUGGGCUCCUUCCAAGCUUCACCAAUUGGUUGGCAUGGGGCACCUGCAGUUCCAACAAGCCCUGUUGUGAAGAAAGUCAUUCGACUAGAUGUUCCAGUUGACAAGUUUCCCAAUUUCAACUUUGUUGGCAGACUCUUGGGGCCACGAGGGAACUCUUUGAAAAGAGUUGAAGCUACAACACAAUGUAGGGUGUACAUAAGAGGUCGAGGUUCUGUGAAGGAUUCUGUUAAGGAAGAAAAACUCAGAGAUAAACCUGGAUAUGAGCACCUAAAUGAGCCUUUAAACGUGCUGGUGGAGGCUGAAUUUCCAGCAGAAAUAAUAGAUUCUCGUCUGAAUCAAGCUGUGGCAAUAUUAGAUGACCUUUUGAAGCCUGUGGAUGAGUCCUUGGAUUACUACAAGAAGCAACAAUUGAGGGAAUUGGCUCUGCUAAAUGGUACAUUGAGGGAGGAGAGCCCUCACAUGAGCCCAAGCAUGUCCCCAUUCAAUAGUGCAGGGAUGAAACGAGCCAAGACAGGACGAUAGCCCCUAUGUUCUCGUUGAAGCAUAAUAUCUUUCCAGGGUCCAAAAAAGGCACUCGUGUCUGGAUAUAGCUUCUUAAUGAUUAACCAUCUUGCAAGUACCUUGGGAGGCUGAAAAUUUUCGACUGGUUGAUAGUACUUUGAGUGGGUUAAAGAUUUGGUGCUGGACAUAACUCAGAUGGGUUUCUAUUCAAUAUUUUGUGUUAAGGCUUCCAUCUUAAAACUAAUUUAGCUUAAAGUGGGUGGCCUCUUGUGGCUCUUAUUCAUGAUAGUUGAGUCACCCACAGCAGAUGCAGGACUAUCUUAAUAAUCGACCUUAUGUGCAGUCUUCUUAUUGCUCUA